AUGUCUUUCAUGGGAGGAGCCGAGUGCUCGACGGCGGGUAACCCGCUCAGCCAGUUCACCAAGCACGUUGGAGACGACAAGAGCCUCCAACAUGACCGGCUCGUCAACAGAGGUCCCAAUGCCGUGGCUGGUGGCUUCCGGAGUACCAACCGCGGCCCUGGGCAAGAUGAGAUGGUGAACGGAUUCCUAAACCAAACCCCGGAGAUGGCUCAUAUGCCUCUCGAACAAGGACACAUGCUCCACCUCGACCCGGCGGCACAAGGCGUCCACAUGCGCGCCCAGAACGCCUCGCCAGCAUGGGCUAAGGACUUCCACAACACACAGGCGGCUAUGGAAGCUGCCUUCAAUGCGCCGCCCGGAACCCAGUUCAGCGCCGAUGAGUUCUCCAAGUUCCAGCAAAUGCACCCCCAGGCGGCGCCGGCCACCGCCAGCCAGAUGCCGGCUCAGCGCAUGAUGGGCGGUGGCAUGAUGGGUAUGGGCAAUAUGAACUAUAACAUGAUGCAGCGACCCAUGUAUCAGCCUAUGGUCGGCAUGCACGGCCCUCAGAUGCACAACAUGCACCAGCAGCCACUACAGGCUGAGGGCAAGGGCAAGGGCAAGGUUGUUGAGCUCGACCAGAACAAGUGGGAGGAGCACUUUGCUCAGUUGGAGAUUACUGGUGAUGAGGCCCGUGCCAUGGAGCCCGAGCUCAACAAGAUGGACGAGGCGCUGCUUCACUCUGAGACCGGCGCCGGGGAUCUCGAAUCGAUCUGGCGCGGUAUCCAGGCCGAAAGAGACGCUAUGAAGGAGUUGGACGAGAUCGAUGUCCAGGACGACUUCGCCAAGUUCGAUAGUGAGAACCUGGAGAAGGAAGACUGGACGCUGAACGGCAGACUUGGCGCGGAUCCUAUCGUGCAAGAGUACCUCUUCGAGGAAGAUAACUUCUUCCGGGAGACACCAAACCCAUUCGAAGAGGGUAUUCGCAUCAUGAAGGAGGGUGGAAACCUGUCGCUAGCUGCCCUCGCCUUCGAGGCUGCGGCACAAGCCCAGAACGAGAAGGAAGAGGCCGCUAUCCGGGCUCUCGAGCGCGCCAUGAAGCUCGAUCCUAACAACCUCUCCGCCAUGAUGGGCCUGGCCGUCUCCUACACCAACGAGGGCUACGACAGCACCGCCUACCGCACGCUCGAGCGCUGGCUGUCGACCAGGUACCCCAGCGUCAUCUCGCCCCAGAACCUCUCCUCGGCCGCCGACAUGGGCUUCACCGACCGCGCCCAACUUCACGAGCGCGUCACCAACCUCUUCCUCGAGGCGGCCCGCCUCGCUCCCGAUGGCGACCACAUGGACCCCGACGUGCAGGUCGGCCUGGGCGUCCUGUUCUACGGCGCCGAGGACUACGAUAAGGCGGUCGACUGCUUCCAGGCCGCCCUGCACUCCACCGAGCUCGGCACCUCCAACCAGCGCGAGCAGAUCCACCUGCUCUGGAACCGUCUCGGCGCCACCCUGGCCAACAGCGGCCGCUCCGAGGAGGCCAUCGCCGCCUACGAAAAGGCCCUCGCCAUCCACCCCAACUUUGUCCGCGCCCGCUACAACCUCGGCGUCUCGUGUAUCAACAUUGGCUGCCACGCCGAAGCCGCCGGCCACUUGCUCGCCGCGCUGGACAUGCACAAGUCCGUCGAGAAGAGCGGGCGUGAGAAGGCGCGUGAGCUGUUGGGCGGUAACGCGGGCGAUAGCGACUCCCGCAUCGACAACAUGAUGACGCAGAACAGGAGCACCACCCUCUACGAUACCCUCCGUCGCGUGUUCACCCAGAUGGGACGCAGGGAUCUGGCGGAGAAGGUUACCACGGGUGUGGAUCCGGAGAUCUUCCGUGAAGAAGAACAAGAAGAAGCACAAGAGCUGCAGCCGUCGCUGAAUUGGUAUCAUUAUGGGGGACAACAGGAUGUUUAUUAUGAUGAUAGCGGUGAUGCCGUUGUAGACGAGCUGUCUCAGGAACACCAGGGACAGGAGACGCGGUGGUGGGAGAAGGACGACGACAACGACGACAAGGACAUUGAUGAGGGGUAUGUGUCGAGUAGCAGUGCGUCGUCGUCGAGUACUGUGUCGAGUGGAAAAACACUAUGCUGUGCGGAUGAUGAUCAAGUUCGUCAGGCAUGGGCUGAAUUUCACGGCCUGACGAAUGGGGAGGAGUUUUGUCGAUCGCCAGGACAUUUACUAGAAUAA